CGGAGCCCUCCGAGGAAGCUGGGCACACAGACCUGCUGGACCUGCUCUCCAGCAACCUGCCGAGCUCUGUGCGGGCUUGCCCAGGCCAGCUCCAGCGCCUGGCAAGGAUUGGGACAGCUCCGUAUCCUUUGGAAAGGGACUUUCUUCAGGGGCUGAUGUCAGCUGYGCUUUCUUGCCCUUUGAACUCUCAGGUAGCAUAUCUCAUUGCACGGUGAUAAAACCUGCCAGUCUUUUCUGCAGCUCGCUUUGGAGGCRUGAAGCUUCCUCUUGGCUGCGUUUUCAGCGGUGCCAGUAACUUGUUCCUGACAUAUUUUGUCGCUGUCAAGUGGCUCGAUGGAUUCGUGCUUGAUGAUCUGGAGCAUGAGACCUCAGAUGAGAGCCUAUCGCUUCAUGGGCCACAAAGAUGCAGUGAUGUGUGUUCAGUUUUCACCCUCUGGUCACCUCGUGGCUUCAGGCUCUAGAGAUAAAACAGUUCGUUUAUGGGUUCCCAGCGUCAAAGGAGAAUCCACUGUGUUCAAAGCUCACACGGGAACCGUCAGGAGUGUUCAUUUCUCCAGCGAUGGCCAGUCCUUGGUUACAGCUUCUGAUGAUAAAACCAUCAAAGUGUGGACAGUUCACAGACAAAAGUUUCUAUUCUCACUUAGUCAGCACAUAAACUGGGUUCGCUGUGCCAAGUUCUCUCCUGACGGACGAUUAAUAGUGUCAGCCAGUGAUGACAAAACUGUGAAGCUGUGGGAUAAAACGAGCAGAGAAUGUAUACAUUCCUUCUGUGAGCACGGUGGGUUUGUGAAUCAYGUGGAUUUUCAUCCCAGCGGUACCUGCAUUGCUGCAGCUGGCACAGAUAACACAGUGAAGGUGUGGGAYGUGAGGAUGAAUAGACUUCUCCAGCAUUAUCAAGUUCACAGUGCUGUGGUAAACAGUCUUUCCUUUCAYCCCUCUGGAAAUUAUCUGGUUACUGCUUCCAAUGAUUCAACUCUGAAAAUUCUGGAUUUGCUCGAAGGACGACUUCUGUACACRCUCCAUGGUCACCAGGGACCAGCCACCUGUGUGGCGUUCUCAAGAACUGGAGACUUCUUUGCUUCUGGGGGCUCUGAUGAGCAGGUGAUGGUGUGGAAGACCAACUUUGAUGCAGCAGAUUAUGGCGAUGUGCUGAAAACCCAGAAAUCUGGCACUAGCGUGGAUGGAACCCAUCACAGUCAGCCAUCAGAAAUGGAGUGUGGUGUUCACCUGAAGAAAACUAAGCCUCAAGAUCCUGGUAGGAACCACCACCACCAGCAAGAUGAGGAGACCAUUGCAAAUACUCUAGAGCACAUUGUGGGACAGCUGGAUGUUCUGACUCAGACUGUUUCCAUCCUGGAGCAGAGGCUGACCCUCACUGAGGACAAGCUGAAGGAAUGCCUUGAGAAUCAGCAGAAAAUCAUUCAGAACAAAGUGAACUGACUGCAAGAGAGAGAAGUGAAGGUGCUUGGAGGUUUGAGGUUUGGUUGUUUGGGUUUUUAACUGAGUGUGUGUGACUAAUUAUUUUGAGAGAACUGAUUUCUGAUUGACAUGUACAGUUACUGUAUC